CACACUAAAAAAGCAAAACAAACAUACCCUCAAAUUCUCCAAUUUGGUAAAAAAAGAAAAAAAAAUGAAACAAUGCAUCACCAUUUUUGGUACAAUUUCCAGCUGAUGGUGGAAGAGAAGCAGCAUCAUUGGCCUUGGCUUUAUUCUUGUUCGUCCCUACCAACCUCAUUGUCGACUCUGUAGUUUUUAGUUUCUUUUUAUAUUCUUCCUUCCUUAUUCCUCCUCCUUUUGUUCUCCCCAACAUAAUUCAAUAUUCAUCACCAUAUUUCUCACCCUUUCAACAACCUAAGAGCCUAAGAGAAUACUACACCGGAAUUAAUUACAGGGCUUUGUUUAAUUUCACGGGAGUAACAACGUUUGGAAGUCGGAAACAGAAACAACCGGCGAUGAUCGACCUUACUAUACAGUAAAGUACACGUAAAGAAAAGUUCGUACCUGGAUUAAAUUUACAUGGCCAGCUUACGCCCAAUCUUGUCUAACUUCCUCUUUCUUAUUCCUUUGCUUCUUCUUCACCUUGGUUGCUUCAUCAUCUUCACAUCUUCAUCCAAUCGCCAUUCCAAAAAACGUAAGCUUUCUUCUGAUCAGUUUACUCAACAGCUUCAGCCAUCUUCCCGCCUGAAACUCACGCCGGCUAAGGCUUUCUCUUCAUCUUGGUCUUUCAUCAAACGGGUUUUCGUCCCAACAAAAACAGCCACUCAUUCUCCUCCUCCUCCUCCUCCGGCUUGCCCUGUUUUAUCACCUUCUUCAUCCACGAGAUCGUUGGUACAAACCGUAUCUUUUCCUUCUCAGAACUCGCCGGACCCGCUCCUCUCUGAGAGCCGGCAAAUUACCCGACCCAUCUUAGAAUCCGACAUCUCUUCCGACCAACAAUUUUUUCCCCUGCGAAACGACAUUUACCCAUGCCCUGCCUGCGGUGAAAUCUUCCAGAAUCCCAACUCCUUAGAGCAGCAUCAGUCAAUCAACCACGCCGUAUCGGAGCUCAUCGAUGGAGACACCGGUAAGAAUAUCGUUAACAUCAUCUUCAACACGGGUUGGCCCGGGGCGACGAAGAAACCGGUAACCCAUCGGAUCCUGAAGAUUCAUUCCAGUCCCAAAAUACUGCAGAGGUUCGAAGAGUACAGAGAGUACGUGAUGUCCCGAGCGGCGCGGAACGGCGGCGGCGGCGGCGGCGGCGCGACGAGGAGACGGGACGAGCGGUGCGUCGCCGACGGGAACGAGCUGUUGAGGUUCCACUGCACGACGUUCAUGUGCGAGCUGGGGCAAAACGGGGAUUCCACGCUGUGCAGCCACGAGUACUGCGUCGGCUGCGGGAUCAUUCGCGGCGGUUUCUCCCCGAAGAUGGACGGAAUCUCCACCCACGCCACCAGCUGGCGGGCACACGUGUCCAUCCCGGAGGAGAUGGAGGAGGAGUUGUUCAAGUUCAUGCACCUGAAGCGGGCCAUGUUGGUUUGUCGGGUCAUCGCGGGUCGGAUCGGUUCCGACGACCACGGCCACGACGUGGAUAAACUUGACCCGGGGUUCGAUUCCCUAACAACAGGUGGGGCCGCUUCCAGAUUGGAGGAAGAGGAUGAGUUGUUGGUGUUUAAUCCGAGGGCUGUGCUUCCUUGUUUUGUGAUAGUAUAUACAGUGUAAUGUAAUUUGACUCGUGAAUUGUCAUCAUUUCAUUCACUAAGCUCAAGCGUGAAAUGAAACCCUCCCUGUUUUUUGAGUGGAUUCAAUAUAAAUUAUUACUACUUACUAAUCAGUAAUCAUGCUUUUGUGUGUGCAUAAUAAUGUAAUACUACUAUGUUGGAUUAGUACAUUUUCUUAUUAAUUUAUUUCUAUAAUAAUACGAUGAAGAAAGUUCAAGACUAAGGUGACAAAUUAUAAUAUUUC